GCCAUACAAAGCCUCGCGAACAUAGAUUGCUAACAGGCUGCCCAGAGCGGCGAGAGGGGUGAGAAUGAGGGUGAAGGAUGGCCCCCAGUGCUACUUUGAUGUGGAGAUCAACAGAGAGCCAGUUGGACGCAUUGUAUUUCAGCUUUUCUCCGAUGUUUGUCCCAAGACAAGCAGAAAUUUCCUGUGUUUAUGCACCGGUGAGAAAGGAACUGGCAAAACCACAGGGAAAAAACUGUGUUAUAAGGGCUCCACCUUCCACAGAGUCGUAAAGAACUUCAUGAUCCAGGGAGGAGACUUCACUGAAGGCAAUGGAAGAGGGGGGGAGUCUAUUUACGGUGGUUAUUUUGAAGAUGAGAACUUUACUCUCAAACACGACAGAGCUUUCCUCCUGUCAAUGGCAAACCGCGGCAAAGAUACCAACGGCUCUCAGUUCUUCAUAACUACGAAGGCGGCUCCGCAUCUCGAUGGGGUACACGUGGUUUUCGGCCUGGUCAUCUCCGGUUUUGAGGUGAUAAAGAAGAUCGAGAGUCUGAAGACAGACACGGCCAGCAGACCGUACGCAGACGUCAGAGUGAUAGACUGUGGACAGCUUAUCACAAAGUCAGCCAAUGAUGUUCUCGAGGGAAAGAGAAAGAGAGCGUUCCAUUCGGCGGACUCCUCGCUCAGCUCCUCCGAGUCUUCAUCCCCACGCUCUUCCUCGCUGGAGUCGGAAGGAGAACCCGAUGAGAAAUAUAGACAUCAGAAGAGGAGAAGAGCCAUCAAGAGCAAACGGUCCAAGAGGAGAAGGCGGGAGAUCCGGAGAAAAGGGGGGGAUGGAAACAAGCUGGUCCCGUCGGGGCGAAGAGGGCUGGUAGAAGAGGAGGGUGGAGAGAAGGAGCAGAAUGUCAGGAGGGAGAAGCCUGUGGUUCGGCCAGAGGAGAUCCCGCCCGUGCCAGAAAACCGAUUCCUGCUCCGCCGUGACAUGCCAGCCGAGGAGGAGAAGCCGGAGACGGCAGUACAAGAGAAACCUGCACCUCCAAGUGACCUCAAGCCUGCUGUCACGAAAUCUGGCAGAAAGAUCAAAGGUCGCGGCACAAUGAGGUACCACACUCCGCCUCGGUCAAAAUCUCAUUCUGAGUCAGAGGAAGAGCGCGGAAGCAGUGAGACCCCACCGCACUGGAAAGAGGAGAUGCAGAGAACAAAAACUUACCAGCCUCCCAGUGUGGAGAGAUGGAGCAAAGGAGAAAAAUGGGAUGACAGAAGUGACUCAUCAUGGUCCAGGCCCAGGUCCAGGUCAAGGUCACGAGAACAUUCGAUAGAUGGAGGCUCCAUCCACUCCAGCCAGCACUACCGACGGAGGAAAGAGAAGAAAAAAUCCAAACGCAAGAAGAAGGCCAAGAAACGGAAACAUUCAAAGAAACACAAGGCCGCAAGGAACAAGCCCAGAGCGUCCUCCCUGUCCGAAGGGGAGAUGUCCUCCUCGUCUAGCAGGAGGUCGAAACUCUCCAGUCACUCAGAGAGGAGGUCUCGUUCUUACUCCCGCUCAUCCAGUGCCUCCCGUCGCUCCUACAGGACGGGGAAAUCAGGGUCAAACAGGAGACGCCACUCAUCUCGCUCUUCCAGGUAUUCAAGGUCCUACUCCAGGUCGAGGAGCAGAUCGUAUUCCCGGAGUCACUCUAGGUCAGAGAGGAGGUUCAGAUCCUCUUCCAGGUCAAGUAGUAGGAGUCGGUCUGAGCGAUCCUCAUCCCAAUCGAGAUCUCGUUCUCGUUCAAAAUAUAGAACAAGGUCUGUAUCCAGAUCCAGGUACAGGUCACGCUCUAGAGGAAGGAAUGUAUCCAGAUCUCCCAGGAAAAUCAAGUUGGCUAGAGAAGCCGUUCCCAAGGUUGAGAUCCAAGCGCCAGUUACUGUUAAAAGUGUGGAAACCAAACCUCUACCCACAGCUCCGCCUGAAAAUGUUCCUGUGCUCCCCUUGAGCGACAGUCCUCCUCCAUCGCGAUGGAAACCUGGACUGAAACCUUGGAAACCCUCUUACAUUCGCAUCCAAGAGAUCAAGGCCAAGACUGCACCGAAUUCCCUUACCGAAAUGAGCCAGACACCAGAGGUAGCUGCUGAGAGACAAAGCGUCCAAGGUCAGCUGGAAAGCACCACAAGCCAAAGGAGUCAGAACAGCUCUCAACAGUACAGCGUUAACAGCAGGAAACCCGAGAGACUCUCUCGUAGUAGCUCGUCCAGAACUUGGAGUUACAGCAGGUCGCAAAGUCGCUCAAGCAGGAGCAGGAGUCAUUCAAGAGACCGAUCCCUGUCCCCCGGUCAGUAUGACAGUAGAUCUGCCUCCUUCAGCAGAUCAGACUCCGACGACUCCUAUAAGAAGACUAACAGCAGGAGGAGAUCAACAGACAAGAGAGGGAGACGCCGUCACGGCUCGCUGAAGAAGAGCCGCAAGGGAGCCAAAAAUUUGACGCGCAGUAGCGCUCAAAAGUACACGUCUCCUUCUCAUUCAGAGGAUGAGUCAGACGUCUCGCCGGGUCUCAUCCAACACAAUGGGACCAAAGAACAGAAAAGUAACGCGGUCGUGGAGUCAAAAUACGGCCGUGUUUUGGCGGCUCAUCCGAAGGGUCCCGGUUUAAUGAAGACGUCGUUGGCAGAAGGACUUCAAAGUAGAUCUGAAUGGGAAAACGAUGGGGAUAACCUUAGCAAGGCAACUUCGAUCAAAGACAAGCUCCAUAUCCCUUUACCUGAGAACGAAAAGCAUUCAGGCAACGCUAAGUUGGCAUCCUCUGGCUGCUGGGACUCCGAGAGCGAUUCUGAAAAGCCAGAACCUAAGAGGUCAGCUGUCGAAACAAAAUACACUUCCGAAAAAGAGGAAGGGGAGGCGAGCUCCGAGUCCGACAGCGACGAAACUUUUUUACCCCUCAGAGCACCCGCGGCGUCCGGCCCUGCAACAUCCGAAAUGCCAAUGCCAAAGAGCGGGUUGGCUUUAAACGAAGAACACUCCGACAAAGGUUCCGAGGGUAAGAGACACAAGAGCAAGAAGACCAAACGGAAGCACAAGCACAAGAGAAGCUCGGCCAGAUCAGAGUCUCGUCGAUCGAAGAACAAAACGAAAAAAUCCAAGAAGAAGCAGCAGAAACUGAAAGAGACAUUCCACUGGCAACCGCCUCUGGAGUUCGGCGACGAAGGGGAGGAGGAUUAUUCCCUCGGCCAAGCGAAAAACGAGGGCCCAAAGCAACGAGGCGACAUCAAGGACGGGCCUGUCAAAGAACUGCAACCUUUGCCCCCAAGAGCAGGAAACAAGGAUCAAGUAGAGAAGGGUCAUACCGUGACUCUAGGGGACCCCGCGGCAGGAGAGGCGCCCUGCUGCACUGAGGUUAAUAGCACCGUGACUAAAAGGCAGAGAUCAAAACUAAAUACCGUGACGGAGCGAAGUCCAACGCAGAACAAACAGCCAGAAGUCAAUGCUAGUGAGGUCACCGUUAACGCACCGAGGAUUCCAACCCAGUUAAGUCAACAAGACAACUCAGCAGAGACAGGUGUUCCUGUGCACAACAUCUCUAAGACUAGUGUGCAGAAAUCAGCUCCACCAACCGCUGAUGAGACCCAAAGUUCCUCGCAAAACUCUGAGCCUUUGAAAAACGUUGCGAAAGACGGCGACACGCUUUUGCCACCUCACUUGCAAAAGGGUCCGUCUGCUGUCAUUGCUGCUGCUACUGCUGUGUUAACUCGUGCUGUAAAAACUGAGGAAAUGGGACAAGAUAAAGUUACCAACCAGGUGGCAGACAACAAAUGGAAACCUCUGAAGGGCAUGACCGCUCUACAGGCAGUUAACGCGACGCCUUUAGUUACGAAGAACAUCAGACCUCAGGAUCCAGUGCAGAGUAAGGCCCAGGGCCUAAGGAUUGAGAUAAAGAGUAAGAGCCGGGUCAGGCCAGGAUCUCUCUUCGAUGAGGUCAGAAAGACGGUUCAGCUUAACCAGAGGCCCAGGAAUCAGGACGGCUCCAGCGACGAGGGCUCACCCACGGCGGCGGGAGAACGGGCCGGAUCUCACGGCCGAGCCCGGAGCAAAACCCGAUCCGUCUCCAGUCACAGGUCCCGGUCCAGGGGCAGGUCUCGCUCCUACACGCGCUCCAGAAGCAGGUCCAGAAGCUCAAGUUACUCCUCCAGGAGCUACAGCAGAAGUCGAAGUCGGAGGUGGUACAGCAGGGGUCGAUCCCGGUCUCGAAGCAGCACCUAUCGCAGCUAUCACAGUCGAACAUACAGUAGUCAUUCUAGAAGUCGGUCCUACAGCAGACGCAGGAGGUCCAGGUCGGACUCGUACGACAGCUAUUCGAGCAGAAGUCGUAGCCGUAGCCAGAGCCGGCGGAGACGGCGCAGGAGCAGACGCAGCGAAAGCUACAGAAGCUCAGACCGCCAUUCCAGGUCAUACCGCUCUUACAGCCGCAGUUCUUCCAGACAUCGAAGUCACAGUCGAAGCAGUAGAUACAGCUGAGUCAACCACUGUGUGUGUUUGGGUUUUUUUUUUGUUUUUUUUUUUUAAUUGUUUCUCUGUUUUCUACUAAUCAUGGGAC